AUGUCAGACCUUAAAGCUUCCGUCGUCGAGACCCAAAACGGCUUCCACGUCGAGGGAUACGAGAAGAUCGAAUAUGACUUCACCUUCCUCGAUGGCGUCUUCAACCCUGCCAACGACAACCUGGCCAAGUGCUACGAGCGUUGGGGCCGUUGCCUGGCUGUCAUGGAUCUUAACAUCUACAACGUCUAUGGCGAUGAGAUGCAAAAGUACUUCGACCACUACAACUUGCCCCUGACGAUCCACAAGACUAUGAUCGGCGAAAAGGCCAAGUCCAUGGAGACUCUCCUCAGCAUCGUUGACUCGAUGACCGACUUUGGCAUCAUCCGAAAGGAGCCAGUACUUGUCGUGGGUGGUGGUUUGGUGACUGACGUUGCUGGAUUUGCUUGCGCGGCAUACCGAAGGAACACCAACUUCAUCCGUAUCCCGACUACCGUGAUUGGCCUGAUCGAUGCCAGUGUCAGCAUCAAGGUCGCCGUCAACUACGGCAACUACAAGAACCGUCUCGGAGCGUACCACGCCCCGAUGCACACAUUCCUCGACUUCUCCUUCUUGAAGACCUUGCCAGAGGGCCAAGUACGAAACGGCUUCGCAGAGUUGAUCAAGAUCUCGACCUGCGCCCACAAGCCAACAUUUGACCUGCUGGACAAGUACUGCGAGAAGCUAAUCACUUCUCGAUUCGGUCGUGAGGGUAACGACAAGGAGGUCCUCCAGGCAGCGGAUGAGAUCAACCGUGCUGGUAUCCACGAGAUGUUGAAGCUCGAGACGCCCAACCUCCACGAGAUCGGUCUCGACCGUGUCAUUGCCUACGGCCAUACCUGGAGUCCGCUCCACGAACUUUCACCCAAGGUCCCACUCCGCCACGGGCAUGCCAUCUCUAUCGACAUGGCCUACUCAGCGACAUUGGCAAACCAGCGCGGUCUCCUCAGCGACGAGGAGCACAGGAGGCUGUUGAACCUGUUCUCCAGGGCUGGUUUGUCCAUGGACCACGAGCUGUUCGACGAGGACAUGCUCGACAAGGCCACCAAGGCUAUCCUGAAGACUCGUGACGGUCUGCUCCGUGCUGCCGUACCCAACCCCAUCGGUACCUGCGUGUUCCUGAACGACGUCUCUCCCGAGGAGAUGAACAAGGCUCUGCGACGACACAAGGAACUGAUGAAGGAGUACCCUCGCGAGGGCGCUGGUCUCGACGCCUUUGUCGACGCCUCCGACACUGGGUAUACCAUGAACGACAAGCCCAUCGAGGAUGCCAUGCACGAGUCGAAGAAGACCAUGAACGGCAUGAGCAAUGGCGCGGUCAAUGGUACCGCCAAGGGCCAGGCGAAUGGUCCUCCCCAAGGUCUCCAGGAGGUCAUGGCCAACGGGUACGAGAACGGAUACAAGAACUAGGAGCGACAUAGCUGCGAAUAAGUCCGACUAGGCAAGCGCAUGUCCGAUGGUUGCGAUGACUAGAACGUGAAAGCUGUUCUUUGAAGCGGCGGCACUGUCUUCAGGCCGCAGUGGUGGAUCGUGACAUGCUUCAAGCUCAUCAGCUUCCCCAAAAUGAAAAAAAACAAUUCACUCUACACAUUACUCUAUGACCUUUGACCUCGUGCAACAUGUUGUGACCCGUGGAUGGGUGAGUGCGCGGCAGUGUCGACGUGUGCGGUCGAAUCAAGCGGAUACUGAAGAUACGUUACGCGGUUCUCGAUUGAGUGUUGCUGUUGCGCCAUGGUCUUUUCUGCAGCAUUAUGAUGUCGGCAGUGUUGAUGUUCGUGGGCCACACGCCUCGUCACCUUCGUCG